AUGGAGAUUCCCGAUACAACUGGCAAAGGUGACCCAAUCGUUGGGAUGCUUAUUUGUAACGAUAGUCGAUGGCCCGAAGCAUGGCGAGUCUACGGUCUUCAGGGGAUGGAGAUCAUGUGCUGUGGAUACAACACGACUGCCUUUCCUACAACGUCCAGUGGACAUAUGGUAGACAUGAGUCUAGAAGCCGCCGAGGAACAAGUUAUGCUGCACCACAAGCUAUUCUGUCCGGGGAAGAGCUAUAUGAAUGCCUGUUUCAGUAUCAAUGUGGCUAAGACCGGCACGGAAGACGGAAACCUGUUACUUGGGAGCACUAUGAAUGUUCAUCCUCUCAGCUACAUUAUCAAGGAGGCAAAUACCAAAGAGGAUGAACUAGUAGUAGCCACUAUUGACCUAGCCGAUUGCCGACGACCAAAGAGUACCGUCUUCGCGUUCGGGAAGCAUCGGAGACCCGAGCACUACACUCUGAUGUUGGAGCAGGUAGGGGUUGUCGAGCCGGAAUUGCUGUCAAAUCAUCGGACAUCAAAUUAG